CUUCUGUGCUGGUAUGUCUUUCCAGGCGAUCUGUGGCGCUUCUAAGUUACGAGUUGGGGCUCUGAUGGUAUAUAAUCGUUCGUGAGUGUGUUCUGAAGUGAGGAAGAGGAGGUGGAGAGCGUGUAAGGGAAACAGAGAAUGCAUUCCAGGAAAUUUGUGGUUUCUAAUACCGGCACAGUGAAUACACUAAAGAAAUAUUCUAUCAGUGACCGAGAAAUCCUUAAUAAAAGGAUAAAAACCAACCCUCGUUAUUCUGGAGUUCGUCCACGUACCAACACUGGCUUCAAUACACAGAGACGUCAAGAACUUGAACUAGAAAUUCGCAAAUAUUAUAAGGUCAGGAAUGAUGAGGUAUAUCGUCGCAUUUCCCUGGCUGAUCUCCUGCAGCUGAUGCUUGCCCAUGCUGAAGAUGUUGAAGCUGCAGAGUGUGAUAAUCAAAAUAUAGGAAAGGAGCAAGAGGCAGCAGAGGUACCAUUGAAAUACAGAGAUGAAGUGGAAAAUGUUCUUCAUAAAAUGACAGAACUUGAGAUGGAAGGGAGACCCAAACCCCCAGAGUGCCCAUAUGUGAUCAUAGACAUUCGUCCUCCUCAGGAUUAUCAAGAGUCACACUUAGUAACCUCUGUAAAUCAUCCUGCAUCCCGUAUGUCCAGAGCUGUUGGCUGGGAAUGUCCAGAGCUCCUAAUGUACAAAAACCAUGCAGAAUUUAUAAUUGUUGUAUAUGAUGAUGCUGAAGAUGUGGCACCUGAGGUUGCUGCUACAUUACAACAUCGUGGUUAUAGCAAUAUCUUCAUGUUAAGUGGCGGUCUUCGUAUUGCCAAAGAUAAAUUUGGCUUUCCCCUAGUCACAGAUGACACCUCCCGUGUUCUUACUCAGGACGCUGCAAAGGAGAUAGCCCAACAGGUGUCAGUUACAGUCAUUCCACCUCUGAGCAUGGCUGAUGCAUCAGACUGGUGGGAAGCAGCUUCAAGGAUCCCAAACUAUGUAACUCCCACUGAUCCUGCGAUGACCAGUACGCCCUCAACAAUCAACACUGGGCGUCAGACUGCCAGAUCACAGCUGAAGAGUAGAGAUGGUCAGUCAGUUCGACCUUGGCGUUAGUAGAGUUUGCUGUUUCAUGUUUAAAAGGACUCCGAUAUUACAUUGUGCCAGGCAUAGUUUUAUUCUUUUGUCUUAUCUUAUUUUACUUGAAUGCUGCCAGGUCAUUUGAUACAUUUAAAAUAUAUGCUAUAAGGCAUUAUGUUAUAUUACAUCAGAUGCAUUCUUUCCAUCUAGUCUACCCAAAACUUGGUUCCUAAUGUCUUUUUCAUAACUCAGUUCCUAAUUGGUUGUGUCAUAAUGGAAUGCUCUCUGUUUGCUGGUAUACAAGUUAAGAUUACUCACAUGCAUAUGUUACUUGAAGCCUGACCAUGAUCUGCUUUUCACAUGCAAAUUAUGUUCAUCCUGCUAUUAAAUAAUAGCUAAUACGCUUAUUUUUUUGUUUUAGUUUUGUUCCAUUAACUGCUUCCUUUUUUCUCUUUGAGAUCUUCAUAAGAGGUAAUAUUAGAGUUUAAUAUUAGAGUUUAAGCACAAUCAAUUAAAGACACAGAUCUCAUGAUGGAAAUAAGCUGUGCUGCCUCUACACACCUGACCUUUAUAUUUCUUGUUUUUUUUUUUUUUUUUUUUUUUAGUGUGCGUUCAAAUUUUGUCACAUAACACUUGAAUAGUAUCCAAGUAGGAAAUACUGGAGUGCAUUUAUUGACUGAUUCAUUGCAAGGUCUGCUGAUAACAUAAAAGAUGUAGUUUGAUUAAAAAAUAACUCAUAUUGAAGAGAACCCAAUAUUUUCAUACUACUGCAACUUUCUCUAUGCAACUAUAUACAGUAAUGAAGUGCUCACUUGAAAUAGAUGUCUCCCUAUGAAUGUGAUUGAUGAAUUCAGAAUUAAAGUGAUUGAUAUACUGAAAGGUAGAACGUUUACAUAAAAGAUUAUAAAAGGUAUUAAUUCCUUUCACUGUUCAAAGUAAGAUCAACUUUUUUUCUUUCUUUUUUCCCCAUACCAUCUUUAUGUAUGUGCAUGUGUAUGUACAAGAGUGAUUUUAUGGUUCCUUUUAUAUUUGUCUUCUGUGUUUUUAUUUUUGAAAACUUGAGAUUUCUAACAGUGUUAUUUGAUUUGUGCAAUGGUGAAUGGUUUAAUGGAAAUAAUUAUUUAAGUUGAUAGGAUCUGAACUAAAUUAGACUAUAUAUACAGUUGAACCCCAUUUAACACAGGUUAGGUUCCUGAAAACUACAACUUUUACUAAAACAACUUUAAAUUGGCUCCUUAUUUGCUCAUUCUGUAAUCAAAGAUGACUUACAUUUGUAGUGUCAAUAUCUAAAUUUUAUUCAUAAUUAGUUUACAUAACUUAAAAAUAUGUAACAAGUCUAUUUUAUGGAAAAGUGUUACCUGGGAUAGUACUAAACAAGGUUCAUCUGUAUGUAUAAAUGUAUGUACAUGUAUAAAUCAGUAAAUUGGGACAAAGAAAUUUUUCUGAAAAUGAUCAUUCUUUUUACAGAAAUUUGUGAGUAAGAAAUAUUUUAGACUUCAAAAUAUAGUUCACUUGUUCUGCCUAGAAGGUAAUAACCAGGUCAUAAAUCUUGUGUGAAAAAUGCCUUUAGUAUAGUUAACUUUAUUGCACUAUGGCGUGCUGUCCUUUGGAAAUUGCUUCAAGAUAUUUGGAAGAGAAAUGAACAUAGAUAUUUAAUUUUGUAUAUGACUGAAAUAUUUGAUACACCACAUUGGUCAUAUUUGUGGAUGUCUUUGUAAUAUAUACAUAUAUAUUUGCUACAUUUGUAUGGAAUAAAGAUUGAUCUAGCAUUAAGAGCCAGUUCUGCUAUGACAGACGAGCUUAAUGUAAAAGAUAUGACUAGCUGUAUAACGUACAUUCCAGAAAGUUUUUAAUUAAUUUAUCUACUUCUGUAUAUGACUAUGAUGAGUGCUUCUUAAUCAUUGAGUAGGAAUCUAGAAAUAGUGAUUUCCAGAAAUAUUAUUAGUUAUGGUAUAAACUUUUUAAGCUGAUGAUAUGAAAGUCCUACAUGACGGACCUCGCGUCAUGAAAUCUCAUCAGUAGAGCUUAGAAAUAGGAAUAUGAACUGAGCAGUCAGUCUUGAUUUACUUUGUGAAGAACCAAUUCAGUGAAUAAUUAGUUGUCAUUUUUACAAACAAUCAUAUUCUUGUCAUGACUGAUUUACUUUUAUUAGAAACGGUAUGAAUGAGAAUGGAUAUUUUUGUAGUGCAAAAGAUGUAUUUGACCCCUUUUGAUUAUAUCUUUGUAUUCCUGACAAAGAUAUAAUCAAAACCAGUUAAAUACAUCUCUUACACUGUGAAGAUACUCAAUCUCGUUCAUCCCUUUUCUACAUUUGUUGCUGUGGACAUGGUUCAUCCAUGGUUUACUAAAACAUGUUUCCCAAAUACUGGUUUACCUCAUGGGUCCUUGGGAAAUGCAUACAAUAAUAAAAGUGUUGUCAUAUUAUAUUGGCAUACUAUUUCUCUGUAUAAUAGCUGCUACAAAGUUGUCUGGGCUGUCAUUUAUUGUUCUUCCAGGUUACUGUUUUUGUUCAUGUUUGUUCUUUACAUGCACAGAUAGUCUAUUGAUUAUAAAUAUGUUUGAUCUGGGUAUAUUAAAGGCUGAUUAACAUGCUUCAUACCUUAUUUAUAGACUAGUAAUGAAGGUGUCAAAAAUGAUUUUUCAGCAAAGGCAAGUUCCUUCAUAAUAAGUAUAAACCAUUCUAGCAUCCAGACAUAAAGUCUGAUAAUUUAAAGGUACAGAAAUGUUCAGUAGCUCUCAAUGCAAGCUGUAUAAUGAAUUAAAGUAAGGUAUGAAGUUACAUUAAUACGUACCUAUAAUUAUACACAUGCCAGUUUAAAGCAGAUAUACAAGAAGUACCCAACAUAAUUUGUUUAUUGGUGUGAAAAAAAGAAAAUUAGAUUUAGUAAGGAAAACAAAGCAGCGUAAAGUGAGACACUUUCCUGAACUUUUAUUAUACAAGGGCUAUCUGUGCAUAAAAAGUCUUGAAACAAUACAAACAGCCCAUGAAAUGUUCCUUUUUUUUGUGAAUAAAUAAAGACACUGUUAUGUUAUAGACAUUAUAGAUAAUUUCAUAUUUUAUGAUUGUGUUUUUGCAGUUGAACCAAAGUUAGAUGUUUAGAAUAGAUCUAGGGAUGUUAUAUAAACAUCUUAUUUAUUGUAUCGUGUAGAGCUUCCUACAAGUAUGAGUAUCAUAUAUGAGACAUAAGUUUCAUUUAUUAGUGAUAUGCCUUUGCUAUAGUGUAAUAGAAUAAUUAUUUAUAUUGAAAUUGUUUGUUAGGUAUAAAAAUAUUUAUAUGUUCAUGAAUGUGAACUGUUGCUCACUGUGAAUUUUGAUGGAUUGGCAGGUUGUAAGAAUAUAAACCUUUCAUUGUAGGUUUAUUCACUUUCAUGUAUCACUGUUUAAGCAAAGGAUAUUUAAGAUAUAGGGAAAAUAAAACAUUAUGUUGAAUAGUUAGUAUGCAUCUGAAUGCCAAAGAUAUAAGAUACAGAACAAGUAGCUUCCAGGAAAUUUCUCCACAAAAGCCAAAUGUAAAGUGAUGCAAGAAUCACACACGCAUUGUUGAAAAUGUGAACUUUAUUGUAUUUCUCAGGUUUGGAGACAAUGAAUGAGAAACAGAUAAUUUCAUUAUUAUCUGUUAAAAAAGGGGGAAAGAAAUUUAAUUCUGUUUAUCUGCAUUUUUGAAGGAGUGCAGUCUUCUUGUAAAUUAUGAACUCAAAAUAUUAUUUCUUAUUUUAUGUAAUAUUUACUGAGAAUUGAUAAAUGUCAUAAAUGUUUAUGUAAAAUAUCCCAAAGCCAUUGAGCUUAUUAGGCACAACUUUUAAGGAUAUGGUACCUUAUAUUGUGUGUAAUGAUUUAUAGCACUACCUUCAUGAUGAGUAAAUCUUAGCCAUACCCCACUCACCCAUUGUAGAUGAUGAGAAUGCCUCAUACUUUUUCAGUUGUAAGUAAAAUCAACCAGACAGAAGUUUGUUGGCCAAGGAUGUAGUGCCUUGUAACUACAGUGUACACAGCCACUGACAUAUCACAAGACUGUGAAAUUAUACAUUUACGGCCAUCUGUUGUAUUUCUUAAGCGAAAUUAUUUCUGCGAAGAUCAGGGUAUAAAGUACUGGUUAAUCUGUUGUGAUGUAAAGGUUUGUUGAAUAAGAUGAAUGAAGUGGCAGUUGUGCCUUGCAAAGUUUGCCAUCCAGUUGGUCUGUUAUGGCCAAGUGAUUUUAAAUAAAUAUAUUUGCACAAUCAG